GUGCAAAUAAUCCCAGCAUUUUACAUUUGCGGAAAAAAUUUUCUGGUUUCUUUAGCCAGGGGAGGAAGGAGAAAAGUCUGCUGUUGAUCUCAAGAUCCAGCCGCCAUUAACAGAGAAGAAUGGAGUUCUUGGACGAAGACACCAGACCCAGAUUCCUUUUCCAGUCACGGCAGCAGCCGUCUUCUCUCCAACGUAACGAAACCUCUCAGAAACCCUCAAAAGCACUCCUCUUUGUUUCAUUCCCAAUCUCUUCCGUUCUCCUUUCUCUAUCCCUGUUCUACUUCCAGACAGAGCCUGUUAAGUCGCUCCUGUUUUGGGUCUCUCUUUCCCUCCUCCUGGGUCCCUUAGCUCCCAUUUCCGUCACCGGUGGUGACAUUCGUGUCGGUCAAGGUCGAGUCAUCCCAGAUCCUCUCGAUCAAGAUCCCCAAUCUGAGCCUGAAGCUAGGAAAAUUCCUAGUAAUAGACGGUCAAAGGCGGAUAGGAAGGACGAUUUGCGUGGCAAUCGGAGUUCAAAUGUAGAAAGUUCAAAUGGGUCCUUCAGUUCGGAAGGAAAAAGGGAUAAUGUAAGUGGGUUCUUGAGUUUAGAGAGAAAAGGUGAAAUAGCGAGAAAAAUUGAAGAUGCUGCGAAAGGUAAUAAUGGGUUGUUUCUUGAUGAGGAAGAGAAGGAGUGGAGGGAGGAAGACGUGGAGAUGCUGAAGAAACAGAUGUUGAAGAAUCCGCCAGGGAAGCCGGGGAGAUGGGAGGCCAUAUCUGGGGCAUUUAAUGGAAGGCAUAGAGUGGAGAGUGUAAUCAAGAAGGCAAAAGAGCUGGGAGAGAGGAAACUGGAUGAUACUGAUUCAUAUGCCCAGUUUUUGAAGAAUAGGAAGCCUUUGGCUACAAGGGUUCAAGGGCAAAACGAGGAGGUGGAGGAUAGUGAUGAAAUCAAGAAAGACAAUGGCGGUGGUAAUAUUGGAACUGGGUGGAGUGCAGGGGAGGAUAUUGCUUUGCUAAAUGCUUUGAAAGUUUUUCCCAAGGAUGCACCAAUGAGGUGGGAGAAGAUUGCAGCUGCUGUGCCAGGGAAGUCCAAGGCGGCUUGUAUGAAGAGAGUUGCAGAGUUGAAAAAGGAAUUUCGGAGCUCGAAAGCUAGUACUGAAAAAUAGAGGAAUUUUGUUCAUUGGUUCUGAUUUAAAGAGCCAUCUAGGAGGUAACUGAUGAUUCCAAAUACUGUUUUGUUUUAGAUAAUUCAUUUUAUGGCAUGUAUUUGAAAUGAGUUUAAACCUCAUCCAUAAUGCAACAUGGAGUUUGAUAUCUACCAUUUGUUCCAUUGACAAUGAUAUAUAUAUGAGAAAGUUAAGCCAUUUUGUUUUCUAAGCUUGAAGAAACGAAAUUUAGUUGU